AUGUCGACACUAUUUCUCUUAAGUGUUUCGCUCUUCCAACUAGAUUCUGGAGUAGCCAUCACACGACUGUUAGAGGUGAUGUCUGGUUCACUGGUGUAGGGUACAUAUGUCUUUCCAUUGGAUUUUGGGUUCGUUGAAGAGUCCUGUAGGCAAAAUCCGGUGGUAGAGCUACUGUCUGUGGCUGGUAAGGUGAGUUUACGACCGGUGCAAGUCCUGGUAACUUUACCACCGAUUGUUGGAAACUAGACAUGUCGUUUAUCGGUUUGUUGGUGGCAUCGUUUUUAUUUGUACGGUGGUCGGCUUCGGACCCAGGGAUAAGGAUGCUGCUGUUCUGAUCUUUGCGUUGUUGGUGGCAAAAGUAGAAUGUUGCUGUGAAGAUUAUGUUGAGAAGGAAUAGAGAGAGCCCCACGACAAUUACCAACAGGAGAAUGCUUUUAUCCUCAUCCUUGAUUUUUUUGGAUAGCGUCUGGUUAGCAUCGUAGAAGGAGGGAAAUUCGACAGACUCGUUUGAGGGAGUAAACGAUCUGUCACUAAUUGCCGUAGGUUCCAAUAUUUGUCUUGACGAUGGUGUCGUAAGUCUGUUCACCUUGGCAUCCUUGUAUGGUUUCAUCGGAUGUGCCACAAAGUGAGUUACAGGGUUGCUCUUAACGGUGGAUGACUUCCUAUUAACGGCUGCAAUUUUCGGGAAAAUAUCUGUCCAAAAUGUUGCGAAUUGCUUUCGAUGAUCUGAAACCACUCCAAUCAAAUCCUCAGGGGUUGGAGAUGUGCUGAAACCGAUUGCUGGUUUAACCAUUUUCAGGCCUAAUUCAUUUCUUAUACUGA